ACUUGCAGUCGUCCUUUUCUUUUUACGGUGCUGGAGGAAGGCUCGAAAAAGCAUGUGCAACCAAGCUCGAAUGCGGAUCAUCACUGUGCUGCUUGUGCUGGUCCUGCACGUCGAGCUGGCGCUGGGCGAUGACGCUGCGGUGCUCGACAACGACCAGCUCUUGAGCGCACUUGGCAUUCCCAGCAACGCCCUCGAUCACGUCUCACUGUCACGUCGCCCGUUCAACGCCCUGGUCGAGCCAGAAGUGCCCGUGUACACAUUCACAAAGUUCCAAAGCUCGAAGAAAAAUGACCAUCGCGUGCGACAGUUGGAAACAAUCUGCACGACAGAAUGCGGCUCGGAGGCGACCGAGGAGUGUGUGCGCCGCUGCAUGUGUGCGCCGUGUUACGACGAGCUGUACGCCAGCGAUCCCCUGGAAGCCGGCGAGCUGGAUGUCCGGCUGCAGAGCUUUCGCUCGUGCGUUCAGUUGAUGAUUGACCAGGACGUUCCGAUCGCUCGUCGUCGCUUGCCACCACAUCUACUCGAGCAGGGAGAAGCAUUCAAGCAGCAGUAUGCCAAGCGGAUAGAAACGCUUCCUUGAACGGCCGAGAAAAAAACAGACGCGCAAAAAGCCGCACAAUUUGUAUCACAACUAAAAACACUAUUUAUUGUCGCUCUUAGUCGUGCGAUUCAC